AUGCCCUCGCGCUCCCUUUCUUCUCGGAGAAAAAUUGGAUAUAAGGCACCCAGGAGAGCACAGCAGGCUGACGAUACCAGUCUUCGAGUUCUCAGAUCAGUGUACGGGAACGACUAUUCUAGUCGUCCAGGGCGGAAGGGGGAGGGUAGAGAGGAUGUAUUUCACCCGUUGGAAUUUAACGCCCCUGAGUCGUGGACCAACUUGGCAUCUUCAGGGACCAGCACUCCCAAUACGAGUGAUAUGAGACUGCUGCAACAUUUUCUGAUGCAUACGUCAGGCAAGAUGAGCUUUCAUCCGAAGAGAAAGCUAGUCUGGCAACGCGUCAUUCCAGAUUUGGCUUUGAAGGAGGAGUAUCUAAUGCAUUUGCUCCUCGCUCUGGCAGGCGCACAUUCUAUGUUACAAACGUGUGUACAACCGGGAGAAUAUGAAAAAACAGAUUUCAGGCAUUCUGACAAAGCCGGUCCACAUGAUUUUCAUCCUGUCACUGAGCAGGAUUGCCCUGUCCCGAUAGAUGUCCAGGGAGACCUAGAAGAUGCUGCCGUGACUUCCUGGCCACAUUUAUUGUCUAAGGAAUUCGUCUUCUUCCUUCAGUCCGGUAUCAAUGCGGGAUUAGGUGAGGCUCUUUCAUACACCAUUCUGGCGCAUUUCUACUUGACUUUCGUUCUUUUUGAAGAUUUGUGGUACUUUGAGGGUGCGUUUGAAAAGGAAACCGUCAAGAUAAAUAGUCUCGUUGAAGAUUUGCAAAAUGCCCAACUGCAUUCGUUGAUGUCGUUUCCGAUGGGCGUAAUAGCUGAGCAACAGCACUUACUGUAG